AUGGCUGAAUCUCCAGGCUCUCCUCUCUCCGAGCUGUCCUCCGAGGACUUCCCCGACGACGUCAAGACUGAGGAGCACGAGCACGAACGCGACCCUGUUCCUGAACACGCUAUGCCUCCAAGCAAGCGUCAGCGGCUCAGUGGUCCCUCAUGGGACGCGCGACACCCAUAUUCAUCUUCUCAUCGGCCUCGUCAUGACGAACAUGAUGAGAAUGGUGCUCACGGCGAUGAAGGGGAUGAGACAGAAACCGACAUCUCCUCUGACACCUCGGGCGAUAUCCCUGGCUCGCCAAGCGGUGUAUUAUCACAGCUCCAGGAUGAAGAGGCUUACGGUCAUGAACAAAUAACUGUCUGUCGUUGGGACGGUUGCCCCAAAGGUGACCUAGGCAACAUGGACAAUCUCGUCACCCAUAUUCACGACGACCACAUUGGCACACGUCAGAAAAAGUAUGCUUGUGAGUGGGAGGAUUGUAGUCGAAAAGGGAUGCCUCAUGCCAGUGGCUAUGCAUUGAGAGCUCAUAUGCGAAGUCAUACUCGCGAGAAGCCAUUCUACUGUGCUCUACCUGAAUGCGAUCGCUCAUUCACCCGCUCUGACGCCCUCGCAAAACAUAUGCGGACGGUUCACGAGACAGAGGCUCUUCGGCCCUCUGAUCCAGUGCCUAAGCACCAUGGCAAUCCUCCCAAUCGCAGUCAGCGUCUCAAGCUCAUUCUUCCAGCUCGGCCGCCGAGUGACCAGCCCAAAGCCAAGCAUGAAAACCAUGAGGAAGAUGUCGAUGAUGAUGCCACCAUUGUAACGACUACCGAUCCCGACCUGGAGCAAAACGUCUCCACAUAUGAAUAUCCUCCCGACGUACAUUUUACAGAAGAAGAACUGGCCAUGCCACCGGACCAGUUAUAUCGCUUACUUCGCCGCCAGCUCUACUGGAACGAGGAAGAAAACCGAGAACUCAGGUCGGAAGUUGAGCACCUUGAGGCGAAGCGUAAGCAGGAGUGGCUGGCCAAGGAGUUGGUCCUGAUGAAUGUCAUGGAAGCUGAAUUGGCAUGUGCAGAGACAUUUGGAUAUGCCCCGGAUGGUCUGCAGAAGCAGCUUCUUGAUGACUUCUCCAAACUACCGCUCACUGGCGGCACUCCAUGGUAUCGCAAGGAAGGCGAGACCGAGGCAGUGAAGGCAGCGAAGUAG